AUCUGUUCAGUGCGUGUGUGCGCGACUGCGAACUACGGCUGCUGCUUGUCACUCAUUGUGCCGCGGCGCGGGAGCGACUGUAGGACCAAAAAUAAUCAGAGAGAGAGGAAAACAUCCAAUCCUGUUGCAGUGAUUUUCUCUGGAGAGGCUCAUAUCCUGUGAACAAGAAGAAGAAAAGAAAGAGUUCUUCAAGGAGAAUAUCUGUGGCACGUUACAAUGCUUCAAAUAAGGGACAUGAUGUGGGCGCUGCUGCUGAUCGGCUGCGCAGCUGCGGUUCAGGUGCAAAUCACUCCAUCUUAUGGGGAGAUCAGCGUGGGGGAGUCCAAGUUUUUCCUCUGUGAAGUGGUUGGAGAUGCUAAAGACAUAGACUGGUAUGCUCCCAGUGGUGAAAAGAUCCUUCCAACCAGGCCGAACAUUUCGGUGAGCCGCAGUGAUGAAACAACAUCGAUUCUAACCAUUUACCACGCCAACAUAGACAAUGCCGGCAUCUACAAGUGCGUGGCAAGAGAUGGGGACAAGGAGGCUCAAGCUACAGUUCAAGUGACGAUCUUUCAAAAAAUCACUUUCCAGAGAGCGCCCAGUCUGCAGGAAUUCAACGAGGGCGACAACGCUGACAUAGUUUGUGAUGUUGUCAGUUCUCCACCACCAACCAUUUUUUGGCAGCACAAAGGCUCCAGAAUCCAAGCUUCCAAAGAUGUGCGAUACAAGAUCAUGGAGAAUGGCCAUCUGCAGAUACGUGGCAUUAAGAAGAACGAUGAGGGAAUGUACACGUGUGAGGCUCGUGUCAUGGCCAGGGGAGAAAUUGACUUGCGGACAAUAAAGGUCAUCAUUAAUGUGCUUCCCACCAUUCGAGCCAGAAUGUCUGAUGUCAACGCGACGGCUGACGUUGGUAGAUUUGCUUUGUUGGCUUGUGAUGCAGAUGGCUUCCCUGAACCCACUGUAACCUGGGCGCAUAACAAUGUCGUCCUUGAAGCGGGUGACAAAUACAACUUGAACGAGGAUGGUUCUGAAUUGAUAAUAAAGGAUGUCAAGAAGGUGGAUGAAGGAGAUUACACUUGCAUUGCCAAGAACAAGGCAGGGGAGAAAACGGAGGAAGUCAGCCUGAACGUGUUCGUGAUACCCAACAUCACCUACUUCAACAACCAGACUGCCUCGGAGUUUGACGAGGACGUCACCCUGACCUGCGAGGCCUCAGGUGAUCCCACACCAACCAUCUCCUGGAUGUUUGGAAACAGGGUUUUCACAGAAGGAGAGCAGGCUUCUUGGACGCGACCAGACAAAUAUGAGAGCCUUGAUAAGAAUGUUGUGGUGCGCAGCCACGCUCGGGUGUCCUCCCUCACCAUAAAAAAUGUGCAGUUCACGGACGCCGGACGUUAUCUCUGCAUCGCCAGCAACUCUAUUGGUGAAGACAACCAGCACAUUUACCUGGAAGUCCGCUAUACUCCAAAAAUCUUGGGUUUCGUGGCGACGUACACUUGGGAAGGAAAUCCUGCCAAUUUAAGUUGCGAGGUAGAAGCUCACCCCGGAGCCUCGGUGGUUUGGUUCAGAGAUGGCAUCCAGCUGCCGAGUCCCAACGCAACCAACCUGAAGCUAUACAAUACACCAACUGUCAAUUAUCUGGAGAUUACGCCGGAGUCACAAAAUGACUUUGGGAGCUACAACUGCACAGCAACUAAUACGAUGGGCACCGAAUCCAAAGAGUUCCUUCUUAUCCAAGCAGAGGUCCCUUCGUCACCAGAGAUACAAAAAGUGGAACCCUUCUCGAGCACAGCAGUGGUAGAGUUUGAGGAACCGUACUCCAGGGGGGGCGUGCCCAUCGUCAAGUACAGAGUGGAAUGGCGUUUGAUUGGGAAGGAAUGGAUCAGUAAGGAGUACAAUGUUGUAGAUGACAUGACCAGGUUAACCAUCGUUGGGCUGAAACCAGAGACGGCCUACGAGGUCAAGAUGUCCGCCAUCAAUGGGAAAGGCGAAGGGGAGAGCAGCGUCGUCAGCCCUUUCAAGACCAAGCCAGUCCAAGGGGAACCGAACGCCCCCAAACUAGAGACCAUAUCUGCAAAAGAGGGUAAUUCCAUUAAGGUAAAAUGGAUCAAGCAGGACGACGGUGGUUCUCCCAUUAAACACUACCUGCUCCGAUACAAAGCUAAACAUGUAAUGGACUGGAAACCAGAGCUCCGCUUUCCCUCAGCCAGUGAGUACGCGGUGUUGUCCGGUCUGGAUUGGAACACAGAUUACGAAGUCCACGUGGUGGCGGAGAACCAGCAGGGCAGAUCUGAGCCCUCCGUGUCUUUCUUCAGGACAGCUAUAGAGCCCACUACCAUCCCAGAUGUGCUGGAAGGUGGCUCCGGACUAGGCACUGGAGCCAUUGUAGGCAUCCUUGUUGUUGUCUUCUUCCUGCUGUUGGUUGCCGUGGAUGUCACUUGCUUUUUCCUCAACAAGUGUGGGCUCCUUAUGUGCAUCGCUGUUAACUUCUGUGGGAAAGCUGGACCAGGGGCCAAAGGCAAGGACAUUGAGGAGGGAAAGGCUGCAUUCUCGAAAGAUGAGUCUAAGGAGCCAAUUGUUGAAGUGAGAACAGAGGAGGAAAACACUCCAAACCAAGAAAGAGUGGGUCCCACUGAGCCCAAUGAGACCACUCCACUGACGGAGCCAGAUGGUAAGGCUGUGAAGGACGAUAACACCAAAAGCGAGGCGGAGGUGAAGAACACCACGGCCGAGGUGAAGACGGUUCCCAACGAGGCUCCUCAGGCGAACGGCAACGAGAGUAAAGCGUAACCGCCUCGUACCUAAA